AUGAAAAAUACUGAUGAACCUGACAACAAAAAAGCUAGGCUUGUACUAACAACUGAUAAUCCAGAUCCUAAUUUGGAGGGUAUUGACGGCAAUAAUACUAAUAAUUCUCCUACUUUUAUAAAUAUUCCAUCUAAAGACAAUUCAAUUGGAGUUAUUUAUAAUUUUUAUACUAAUAUUAUUCCUAAAAGUGGUACAUUUUCAAAUAUUGGUAAGAUUAAAACAGAAAUUGAGAAGUCAAUAUUGAAUGAUACUAAUAAAAUGGAGGGCAUGAAAUUAAAUAAUGAUAAUCAAAAUAAUGAAAUGGUAGGUAAUGGUGGAAAGGUAAUAAAUAAUGAUAAUGAAAAAAAUUGUGCAAUUGAGAAGGACAUUAUUAUUGAAGAUAAAAAAUUAAAUAGUUCAAUAAAUUAUCCUGCUUUGGAGUUAAAAAGAGCAAUAAAAUUUAACGAGGUACCAAGUUACUUGCUUAUACCGGGUAGAAUUGGAGCAUUAGUCACAGAUAGUAACUGGAACAUUGAUGAUGGAUACCUAGGGAAACAAUGUUAUAUUGAUAAAAAAAGGUAUAAAUAUAUUAUAAAUGAAGAAACAGGAAAGCCAGUUAAAGUUGAAACUUACAGUCUUGAGAAUGCUAAUAUUCGCCGAGCAAGAUUGAAAAAUGAAAGAGGUGCAUUUAUUAUUGAAAGGAGACAAUGGUUAAUAUAUCAAGAAAAUAGUAAUGAAAAAUUACGAUUAAUAAAAAGAAUAUAUAUGGCUUAUCGGACACCUCCAUAUUUUCCAAAUAUAGCUUUAUUAACAUAUAGUUGGUGUGAUAAUUUUAAUCACAAAAAAUAUUUAUCAUUACUUGAAAAAGUAGAAUUACUAGGAACUUCAACAGCACCAAAAAUAAUGCAAAAUGAAGAACCUUAUUUUCCUAAUGGUGAUGCAAUAAAAUACUAUCGUAGAUGGCCAUUGUAUUCACACCAAGAAAUCACACCCGAAGAAGCAUAUGCAAUUGUUUUAAAAAAAAAAGAGAUUUCAAAAGAUUUGAUUUGUCAUAGUGUUCCUCAAUGUUAUGGAGAUAUUGGGACAUUUAUUAUUGAUAAUGUUCAUGUGACUGAUCCAAUAAUUCAAAGGCUAGAUGAUGGGCAUACUAAUUGGGGUGGUGCAAAUGAUAUAAAUAUAAAGUAUUUCAAAUUUGACAAUGAAAAUAAACAAAUAUUACAGUUAGAUAUUAAGUCAGGUAUUCCAAGUAGACUGGUGAAUUUUGAUGUUAAGUUGUAUUGUCGGAUUUGUCGCAAUAAUCGCGGCAGUGGAUCUUUUGUUAGGAAGAUGUAUCUGUAUUUCAUUAGAGAUUGGAAAAAAUUAGCUAAAUGUCUUCCGGUUGUGGUAGUGACGUAUUCUUUUGAUGAAAUUGAUGAAAGUAUUUUUGAUUAUGCAGAUUCAUUACCUCCAAUGAUUUGCGAAUCAAGGAAAUAUCUAAAUAUCGAUGAUUUAUCUGAAAAUACCGAUAGAGAUGGUAUGAUGAUGGAAGAUGGUGGUGAUUCACCUAGCUUUUAA